AUGUCUUGUGAUACUGCAAAAGAGAAUGCAUCUGUAGUUGACUCAUCUGUUACUGAAUGGAAACAAGACAUGGGAAACUCAGAUGAUCCAGAGAGUUCAAGUCACAAAGUUAAUGAGGACGGUAAUCCUUCCAAGUCAGAAGAAGGGGGGCAUUGUCAUGAUCAAGGUGGAAAAACAACUGGAAGAAACAAGGGUACUUUGUAUGAUACAAGAUAUUUCAUCAUUAAGAGUUUGAAUCGUCAAAAUAUCCAACUAUCAAUUGAGAAAGGAAUUUGGGCUACUCAAGUCAUGAAUGAACCAAUUUUGGAAGAGGCCUUUCAUAAUUCUGGUAAAGUAAUUUUAAUAUUCAGUGUCAACAUGAGUGGUUCCUUCCAAGGGUAUGCCCAAAUGAUGUCUUCUGUUGGAUGGAGGCGAGACAAUGUAUGGAGUCAAGGAAGUAGUAGAAGUAAUCCAUGGGGGCGCAGUUUUAAGGUCAAAUGGCUGCGGUUAAAUGAUCUGCCUUUCCAAAAGACUCUUCAUCUCAAGAAUCCAUUGAACGAGUACAAACCUGUUAAAAUUAGCAGAGACUGCCAGGAGUUAUCUCCAGAUGUUGGAGAAGCGCUUUGUGAGCUUCUUGAUGGGACAAAUGAUGUGAAUGGACUGAAUAGUACUGCUAUGGAUGAUUUUCCAUCAAAAAGGCCUUGUAUAGAGCCUCCAUGUUCAUUAGGUGAGGAAGAGUAUAAUGUAGGCCCCAUGCAUCUCUCAUGGUCCCAGGCACCCAUGCACUAUCCCUCCUUGCUUUACCAACAUCAGGCUGAGGCAAAUUUGCCUGUCAACUCUGUUGCAUCAAAAGUUACAAGGGCCAAACAUUCUCGCAUUAAUGGACACCAUUCUAAUAUACGAGUGGACAGGGAUUUGUCAUCUCGGUUUGAUGUUUGGGGUUUGUCUGGAGAAAGCCGUCUAGCAAGUGUUCUUACUGAGGAUGAUUUUCUGGAAAUGUCUUAUGAAGAAUACCUGGAGGCCCAAAGUAGAAGUAGCAAGGAAUUAUCUCUGCCUGGUUCAAGACCACAUGUGUCAUCAAGAAGUAAAAUGCAGGAAGAUGAUUUCUCGCUGAUUGGCUUCAUGAAUCAUUCUGCAGAAGCUCAAGCUAUGGAAUUGACCGCAGCUGCUCAAGGAAAAGGGCUCACCAUUCAUCCCAUAAGAAAUCACAAUGCUAACGCAGCUGUGACUUCCCUUGGUCGUUUUUGGAUAAUAGCUUUGUCAUCUGAUGGAGUUUUGCAUUUCCUUCAGGCAAUCAUUCAGUGA